GAAUGGCAGCCACAAAGCAAGACUAUCCUGGCCUGGCCCGGCCUGGAGGGAAUUCUACAAGACUAUCCAGAAAGGUUGGCCAAGGCAACACACGAAGUGUCAACAAUUGCCCAAGCUGUAGCCCACUUCCAAGGUGCCAUUUUAGCUGUUGGCAGUGAGCGUUAUGAAGAAGCCGAAUCGUAUUUUAAGGGAAUCGGCACGCCUUUCCCAAUCGAGCUCUAUAAAAUUGACGGUAAAAGCAUGGACGUCUGGCUGAGAGACCUUGCUCCCACAUUUGUUGUCAAAUCGUCCGCCGGAGAAAAGGACAGCGUCGCUGGCCUUGACUGGAAUUUUAACGGCUGGGGCAAUAAGUAUCUCACGCCUACAACUCAAGUAUUCGCAAAGACAUUCCUGAAAGACUAUCACUUCGAUCGAAUCGAGACUUCCAUUGUCACUGAAGGCGGCUCGCUUGAAACCGAUGGCAAUGGAACUCUUUUAAUUACGGAAAGCUCAAUUGUCAAUGACAACAGAAACCCAGGAAAGUCUCGUGAAAAAAUCGAGACUGAGCUCAAAGGCUAUCUUGGCAUCGACAAGAUUAUCUGGAUCCCUGGCAGAAAGGGUAUUGACUCGACAGACUGCCAUAUUGACGCCUUGGUUCGAUUUGUUCGGCCAGGUAUGUUGAUCAUAAGCAAGGCCAAUGAGGUCAACCCGACCGAGUGGACUACCGUUUACGAAGAAGCUCUUGAGAUUCUGAGCAGUGCCACUGAUGCAAAAGGUCGACCAUUCGAGAUCGUUGAGGUAGAAGAGCCUGACGAAGAGGUCUUCGAGGGAGGCGGUGUUGGGGAUGACCGUGCCGUGAGGAGCUACGUCAACUAUCUGCUAGUCAAUGGAGGGAUCAUCCUCCCUCAAUUUGGCGACCCAGCUCAUGAUGCGGCGGCCAUCAGGGCAGUGCAGGGGCUGUAUGGCGAUGAGAGGAGGAUUUUUCCUGUUCUGAUUGAAGAGCUGCCUCGACUAGGUGGUGGUGUUCACUGCACAACUCAGGAAGUUCCUAUC